AUGUCGCACGCAGCCGGGCUCGUCCGCACCACGUGCAGCAGCGGCAGCGCCCCGGGAGCCGGGGCCGGCGCGGGGCCGCUGGGCGCGGGCUCCUCGGAGGGGCUGCUGGACCCCGUCUACCCCCGCACCCACGCGGCGAUGCUGAAGGUGGCGCAGAUGGCCACGCUGCUGAUCGCCUUCAUCUGCGUGAGGAGCUCUUUGUGGACGAGCUACAGCGCCUACAGCUACUUUGAAGUGGUCACCAUUUGCAACUUGAUCAUGAUCCUCGCCUUCUACCUGGUGCACCUCUUCCGCCUGUACCGCGUGCUCACCUGUAUCAGCUGGCCCCUGUCGGAACUCCUGCACUAUUUAAUCGGUACCCUGCUCCUCCUCAUCGCCUCCAUCGUGGCAGCUUCCAACAGUUACAGCCUGAGCGGACUGGUGGCUGGAGCGGUCUUCGGUUUCCUGGCCACCUUCCUCUGCCUGGCGAGCGUGUGGCUGUCCUACAAGAUCUCGUGCGUGACCCAGUCCACAGACGCAGCCUGACGCCCCCAGGGCCCCCCAGCCCUGUGGGAGGUCCUGCAGGACGUGUGACCCCGCGGAUGGAGGGUCAUGAGCUGGCGACCCCAGAAGAAACCGGGGCCUCGGGACUCGCACCGGAUCCCCCGGCUGGUAGGCGCGGGAAGGACUCUUCUUCCGGCUUCCAAGCGGGUCCAGCCUCUCUCUCCAGCCUUACACACUUCAUCAGAGAAUAUUCCUCCCUGUCUGGGAAAGAAAAGCAGUCGCCAGGAAAAUCUGAUCUCUUCCUCCAGCUUUAGAACUGCCUCAGGGACUGAUGCCCCCCCCCCCCCCCCCCCGCCCCCCACUUAAGCUGAUGGGGGGGAGUGGGUUCUGAAUACUCUGUGAAGCCUGUCCCUCUCUCCAGCCCUCGGGAGGAGCACUGCCUUAAAUUCUCUUCUGAAAACACAGCCAUCUAAUUUAUCUCGCUUGGAAAUCCGGUCUUGAAGGUACCCUCUUCCUUAAAAGUGAAGCCUCGUGGUAGCACCAUGCGGUCAACCAGUCACCAACUAGGCGGUUCACGGGCCCUUUCCUGUUCCCAUUGUGUAUGUGUUUUUAAAUAAAAUG